AUGGCGCCGCACACAAAGUCCGCUCCAUUGGCGCCGAGGACCCCGAAGAAGCCCAUUCAAAGCGAUCGAGUCAAAGAAGUGGUGGACAAGCUUAAUCGCGAAUACAAUCUCGCCGUCGAGAUACCCGAUGUGACACUUACACCGGCUUCGACGCGGCAACGCGCCCGACAAGAUGCAGCCUUUGCAAGGAGUGAGAAGAUAAUUCGCGGCAUCCGAUUCCAUAGCUUCCAAACCACUCUGUUGGACAGAAUUCUUCGGUCCUUUCAUAUGGAAGCCAGAGCGGCUAGUCAGAACUGGAUCCGGCCGUUCGAUGAUGACGAACCCGUCCCGGAGUCUGGAGGGGCGCCCAAGGCCGAAACUUCAGGCCAAGUAUUGGAGUUGCAGGAGGUAUUGAUCAGCGUCUUGGAUAUGGCUCAUCCUCGAGCGAAGGCGAGCGCCUUAACUUAUGCUCAAACCGGAGCGGCAGCCUUCGCCUCACCCGACCCAUGCAAGUCAAAGAGAAGAUCCGAAACGGACACCACAGUCGAGUCACCUAAAAGAGUCAAGGCAAGCCUUCAUCACGGAGACGGAACGGAGAGGGAAGGUGCAGUACUCAAUGCAUUGGACAAAGUCCCAAGCCGCUCUCGAUCAGCGAAGCCCGUGGCCAUGCCCGCACAGUUCACCAGGGAUGCUUCGAGGCCGCACAAAUCUUUUGGGGUUCCCCCUUCCGUGCGCGGAAAUAUUUACGGGAGCGUUUCUGUUACGACAUCUGCGAGCACCAGUCGAACGUCGCUGUUUUCGAGGGCAGAUGAGCAACUGCCGGGCACGCAAGAGACAAUCCCAGCUCCGAUCGAGGAAGAGGAGAUGCGAAGGCCAUUGCUAGAUCAAGAAACAAAUUCGUCGCAGUCGCAGGACCUGUUCCCGGCAUCUUCUGGCCAUCUUGAUGCUCUCAAUAUCUCAUUCACAGAACAUGAAGUAGACACGUCAACGAAGAACUCCAGGAGACCAGCUGAUCUCGCACCCGAACCAUUCGGCAGUACCUCUAACUGGGCAGCCGUCAACUCAGGGGUCUCGGGUCUUCGGGAUCCAUCCCUGUGCCAACCUCUGUUCACUCCCCUCAAACGAUCUGAGCCGGUUGAUCUCCGGUCCCGCCUUGACGCUUCCUGGCCGAGAUUCCCCAGUUGGCUCAACCGUGCGCCAUUCGCCGUCGCAUGGGAAAUUACGCGCAUUGCAGUUCAUUGCGGCAUCGAUUUGGGAGAAGUGGUGAUGGAUUACGACGAAACGUGGAUCAACUACAACCAAAUCUGGAAGGCUCUCUUGGCCCAUCCUCUUUUCGCUGGCAAAUCAUUUCCGGAGCGACCCAGCACAGAUGCAUGGGCUGCAGCUAUGUCUGGCUUCAAUACUAUCAGAGGACAGCAUGUAGUCUUUUCUGCUCGUUUCGUUCAAGUCCCUCGAGCGAAGAAGGGUCCCAUCUUCUCCCUGUCAAUGCAACCCAUCGCCUUGGAUCAAGGGUGCCGUCUGCAUCGCAAAUUCGGCUCUGAUCGUUUUCUCGAAAUCUUGAUCCCAUCUCCAAAAGGGUGGCAGGAACCUAUUAACAAUCCCAAAGUAUCUGAGGAGGUUAUCCGUUGGUUCUCUUCAGAGCGGCACUACCUCGCUGGCAGACAAUGGCGGGCAUAUUUCUCCAAAGACGCGGGACACAAGACGCCACAAAAACACCUGAACUUGGGCCCGGAGCCCAAGCCUGUUUACCAAGACAGGCUCUAUCUCUUUGCCGAGAAUGGGAACAACUUCCACGAAGCCCUCCCUCAUGAGAAUCCUAGGGACCUGAGGGACCAUAAGCUACAGACUUGGCAGAUGCUUGACUGGCUUCUGCAAUUUAAUGACAAUAAGACACAGCCAUUUCUGAAGUUGUUCUCCCGUAUACAGCUUGGAUUGAGCAAAACGACGCCAGUGAUCGUUCUUGACCCCAAGCAGAUCAUACACCGUGAAAAAGAUUUGCGUUCACAGACCAGCGGCAAGGUCAUGAACGAUGGAAUCGGCCUCAUGUCCCGCUCGCUCGCUCGAAAAGUCAGAGAUGUACUCGGCCUCAGUGAUAUCCCGUCUGCUAUUCAGGGUCGCCUUGGUUCUGCCAAGGGCAUGUGGGAAAUCGAUGUUUCGGACAAUGACGACGGCCUCGACGGCCUCUGGAUAGACACGUGGCCAUCUCAACGGAAGUGGGAAUGUGAUUUUAGCCUCGACGAGUAUCGCACACUCGAAAUCAGUGCCCAUUCGAUGGAGCCCCGGUCUGCAAGCCUCAACAUCCAGUUCCUCCCAGUCCUUGAGGAUCGGGCCAUAGAUAAGGCAGCCAUGCGAGAGAGUAUUGGAAAUAUAUUCGUCGAAGAACUCAACCGUGAGCUGGAGGGGCAGAAAAACGCAAUGAAGCAUCCCUUGGAAUUCCGCAAAUGGAAUGCCGAGAACUCUUCUACAAGAAAGCAGCGGCUGACCCAUGGUCGGGUGCCUUUCCUGGCUGGUCUUCCGGUCGAACGCGAAGAGACCAUGAAUUUUCUCCUGGAUGGCGGAUUCGAGCCACAAAAGCAAAAGUUUCUUCAAGACAUCGCCUGGAACCUUAGGCGUUCUCUCUGCGAAAGUCUGAAGAAGAAAAUGAGCAUCAAGAUACCCAACUCUACCUACGUCUUCAUGGUAGUGGACCAUUUUAAUCAACUUGAAGAGGGCGAAGUGCACUUAUCCUUUUCGUCAAAAUUUCAGACAGAGACCUUUUCGGGCUCCAUGCUCCAUGGUUGCGACGUUCUCGUGGCUCGCUCUCCGGCGCAUUACGUGAGCGAUAUGCAAAGGGUCAAGGCCGUGUUCAAACCGGAGCUACACCCUGAAAAAAAUAUCAUUGUUUUCUCGGCCAAAGGAGACGUCCCUCUUGCAGAUAAGCUUUCCGGUGGUGAUUAUGAUGGAGACAAGGCAUGGGUAUGCUGGGAACCAGCGAUUGUUUCGAAUUUUAAAAACGCAGAGGUGCCGCCCAGUCCAAACCUAUCCAGCUACUUGAGGAUAGACAAGACGACAUUCGGAGACCUCGUACAACAGCAAGACAAAGGGCAGGACAAAGGGCAAGACAAAGAGAAAGACAAAGAGGAAGAAAAAAGGCUUGCGAUAUCGGACAUGAUCACCCGCAGUAUUGCCUUCAGCAUGAAGCCAAGCUACUUGGGUAUUGCAACCAACUACAAGGAGAGGCUUUGCUACCACAUCAACAGUGUGAACAAUGAAUAUGCCUGCCGGUUAAGCGCCCUUCUGGGCAACCUUGUUGAUCAGGCCAAGCAGGGCUUUGAGUUCACGGCAGAUGACUGGAAUAGGUUCUGCCGAGUGGAGCUUGACAGCCACAAGUAUAACGGAAAACUUGAAGAGCCGGCCUACAAGUCCGAGAACUGGUCAGUCAAGGGAAAGCCGGUCCAUAUUAUUGACCACCUAAAAUUCUUGGUGGCGAAGCCAGCCAUUGACCGAGAACUCGAAAAGUUUCACAACGCAAUGAACACGACGUCGGGUAGAUCUGGGCAUGGCCUACGACCUCUUCGUUUGAAGAAUGAUGGCGAAGAGGAGCUUACAGCGGAACUGUGGGACCCUGAUCUUGCUAAACCUUAUGAAGCGUUUGAAAAACUUGCGGCAACGAACCCUUCUUUGAAAAAGGUUCUGCGGAAUUUGAAGAACGACUUGGAAGAUGCUGGAAAGCGUUGGGACAAAGGGGUCGCACCCAUUAAAGACAAGGACGACAUGAACCGCGGCAUACUCGAAGUCUAUGAGCUGUGGCGAACGAUCCAACCCCGACCAAAUGCUGCACUCGAGCCAAUGGCUGAAGCUCUGUUGAGGCAGACAUACGCAGGCGAGGAUCACACAAAUUGGGCUUUACUGCGUGCCAGCACAACCUUCAAGAUUUUCUACAGACGCAAGUCGAACUUCGCUUGGCGGAUGGCGGGCAUUCAGCUGCAAUUCAUCAAGGCAAUGACUACGGCAGGGCCUGGCAGCGUUCUUGUCCCUGUGGCCCCGAGUAUGUAUGCUGCGAUGAAGCCAGACGCCAAAUUCAUCACCCAGGCCGUCUCUAAACUCAAGGAUGAGGGAUCCGAGUAUCCUGGCCUCGACUCUGACGGCGAGAACCACUGGCAGGGAUCUGAGGGCGAAGAGUGA